CGAGGGAAGACUCGGGUUUUCUCCCCCUUUCUCUUUUCUUUCUUCCAUAGAUGUUUGAAAUCGCAGUCAUUUACGCUCGACAGUUUUUACAAUAGCCUUGAGCCAUAAUUUUGCGAGUCUCUCCAGCAUCCAUACCCCUGCAUGGUCUCUCUCCACUGGCCAUGCACGACCGUUUCUCUCCCCAACCGUGGAUUUCCUAUUACUCUCGUUACGACUCACUGAGCCCCAGGCCCAAGGAUAAUGAUGUGUUGUUUCUUGGUAGCAUAAUUUGUCACACGUAUAUUUCUUCUUCUUCUUCUCUUGCAGAAAGCACAGCUCCCUCUCACACACUCACACACUUCUUGUUAAUUCAGAAGAACAAAUGAUCAACGCCAACAAAUAACCUGAAAUAGUGACUUUAUGAGUGAGAAUCAAUAAUUAUACUGUGGCUCCGACCAUAGACUUUUAAAGGAAAGGAACACAUCUAAAGAAAAAGGAGAACAAAGAAAAAUCAAGUGAGAUUAUUGGGAACCUGAAGCUUUUUACAAGCUCGUAAUCAGGUGAAGUCAUGUCCAGAUCGGGUGAUAGAACAUCCACCUUUGACCCUACACACAGUGACACCCUGCUGCACGGGCUCAACCUGCUAUGGAGGAAACAGCUUUUCUGUGAUGUGACUCUCACUGCCCAAGGACAGCAGUUCCACUGCCACAAAGCAGUGCUGGCGUCCUGCUCUCAGUAUUUCAGGUGUCUCUUUUCCAGCAGUCAUAUGCUCAACAACGAGGGGACCAACAACAACAAAGACCAGGGGAGCAGUGGUACCCCAUCUUCCUCCCCCGAUGACAAGCUGAUGGCAAGCACCCGGUCCAUCAACAACCUGGUCCUCCAAGGCUGCUCCUCCAUCGGACUACGGCUAGUGCUGGAGUACCUGUACACUGCCAAUGUCACGCUCUCCCUGGACACUGUGGAAGAGGUGCUCUCGGUCAGCAAGAUCCUCAACGUCCCUCAGAUCACCAAGCUCAGCGUGCAGUUCCUCAAUGACCAGAUCUCUGUACAAAACUACAAGCAGAUCUGCAAGAUCGCAGCACUGCACGGCUUGGACGAGACCAAGAAGCUGGCCAACAAGUACCUGGUGGAGGAUGUGCUGCUGCUGAACUUUGAGGAGAUGUGCGCCAUGCUGGACGCUCUGCCGCCCCCGGUGGAGUCAGAGCUGGCCCUCUUCCAGAUGUCUGUGCUGUGGCUGGAGCAUGACCGGGAGACUCGCAUGCACUACGCCCCGGACCUGAUGAAGAGGCUGCGCUUCGCCCUCAUUCCGGCCCCGGAGCUGGUGGAGAGGGUGCAGUCGGUUGACUUCAUGAGGAGUGACCCAGUGUGCCAGAAGCUGCUGAUGGAUGCCAUGAACUACCACCUGAUGCCCUUCAGACAGCACUGCAGGCAGACCACAGCCAGCAAGAUUCGUUCCAAUAAGAGGAUGCUGUUGCUGGUGGGUGGCUUGCCUCCUGGACCUGAUCGACUCCCCAGUAAUCUGGUCCAGUACUAUGAUGACGAGAAGAAGACAUGGAAGAUCCUCACUAUAAUGCCUUACAACAGUGCCCAUCACUGUGUGGUGGAGGUGGAGAACUUCAUACUACUGCUGGGUGGAGAGGACCAGUGGAACCCCAAUGGAAAGCACAGCACUAAUCAUGUCAGCCGGUAUGAUCCACGAUUUAACAGUUGGAUACAACUUCCGCCUAUGCAGGAAAGGAGAGCCAGUUUCUUUGCCUGCUGCCUGGAUAAGCACCUGUAUGUGAUUGGUGGGAGGAAUGAGUCAGGCUACCUCUCCAGUGUGGAAUCCUACAACCUGGAGACUAACGAGUGGAACUACGUGUCCUCCCUGCCCCAGCCCCUAGCCGCACACGCUGGAGCAGUGCACAAUGGGAAAAUAUAUAUCUCAGGUGGAGUCCAUAAUGGAGAAUAUGUUUCCUGGCUGUAUUGCUACGACUCCAUCAUGGAUGUGUGGGCCAGGAAACAGGAUAUGAACACAAAGAGAGCCAUUCAUGCCCUGGCUGGGAUGAAUGACCGCCUCUACACUAUUGGGGGCAACCAUCUGAAAGGUUUCUCUCACCUGGACGUAAUGCUGGUGGAGUGUUAUGACCCCAAAGCGGACCAGUGGAACAUCCUCCAGACACCAAUCCUGGAGGGACGCAGUGGCCCCGGCUGUUGCAUCCUGGACAACAGCAUCUUCUUAGUGGGAGGAUACAGCUGGAGCAUGGGAGCCUACAAGUCUUCCACCAUCUGCUUUAGCCCAGAGAAGGGGACCUGGACAGAGCUGGAGGGAGAGGUGGCAGAGCCCUUAGCAGGCCCAUCCUGCUCCACUGUCACAUUGCCUGCCUGUCUGCCCUUCAACAAAUAACACAUCACUAGGUACGACAGAGUAGCAGGAGAAGUAGGUGAGGAAGAGAAUGGGGAGAUGGAGUGCUGGUGGAAAGGACCAUCGAUAAACGAACAGUUGUUAACACAUUUUGUCAUGAAGUACUCCAAUCAGCCGAUGGGAUGUGUAGAAAUUAUUUUUUUACUCGUUUGACAAAAGAGCACUUUCGUUAUUAUUGCCUACUGAAGGUUUGAAAAAGUAAGUUAUCAUGUAUUUCCUGUAUUUAAAACCCCAUCUGUGUUGAACUUCUUCCAGACAAUGGACACAUUUCAUAUCAGAUGUUUCUUUAAUCGAUAGUAAGUGUUUUUGGCUUAUCUUGAUAUAGCACGCAUAGUGUUGAACUGAAAUGUUAUAGCUUUCAAAAAUCCAUUUGUAUCUUGUUAUUAGUAGGAGACAUCAAUCAAAAACAGAAUGCAGUGCUGUUAAAAAUAAUUGCCACUGGAAACUGUCUGUCAACCAAAUCACACUGAAACGGAACUCUGGUUAAUACCCACUGGGCACAGAGGUCAGUUCAGAGUCUAGUUUUGAUUUACAUUUGGUUGAGUUGUCAACUAACUUUAAUUCAACGUGAAAUCAACACAAAAUUUCACAAUGUCAUUGGAUUUAGGGUUAAAAAGUACGAAAUAACCUUACGUUGAUGACUUUUUGCUAAUCUAAUUAGUUUCCCACGUUAAUUCAAAGUCAUCACAUUGCUUUUUGGGGUUGAAAUGACAUGGAAACAACUUUGAUUCGACCAGUUUGCUUAGUGGGUAUGCUCAUCUUUUAACAACCAAAAUCAUGAUUCUGUGUACAGUAUAUUGUAAAGCAGAGACAUACUAACAGUUGAUCUGCUUGUUAGAUCGUUGCCAUACUGUACAUGUGGCAAAGGAAUCCUUCUCCCUUCAAGCUGCAAGCAAGAACAAUUUUUACAUUCAAAAUCUACUCUGAUCUUUGUAAAAACGGCAUUAAUAACUGAUAUGAUUAUUUAAGGGUGGUACAAUCAAAUGAUUAUUAUUUACUGCUAGCAAUUGGUAUACAUAGGUAGCAAUGUUAACUGAGUGAUAAGGUGGGUUUUCUGUUGUUUUGCGUUCAAUGUUACCUGUUAAUGUUUAACAGAGCCUAUUUCCAGAGAUCACAAUUCCCCUCAAAAAGAGUAUAUUCCAUUUAAGAUAAGGAUAAAGAAUACAGGGGUCCUUAAUGCACUAAUAUUGAACUUUAAAAACACUGUGUAUAAGAAUGGUUCACAAAGCUAAAAGUUUGCUGAAUUGUUGUUACCUUUAGUUAUACUAAGUUCAGAAAUAUGAUGAAAAGUGAAUUCAACUGUCAUGUAUACAUCCUACUCUUUUGUCUAAGUAAGUGUGCAAGGUCCACACUGAAUAUUGGGAACCUGUUGAAAUACAUAUAGAUAGGGUAUGUUGAUUUUCAUUUUUGUAAAUAAUCGCUUGCAGUGGAAACAUUUUUGUGCACUCAACCUGGGAUUUAUUCUCAAAUCCUGUUAUGUCCUUUGCAUUUUAGAAUAUGAAAAUAAAAAGGAAACUUGAUGAUUA